AUGUGUUUCAUGUCCAAGUCGUAUGGAACCGUCUUCUUGAGUGCUUGUAGUACCGCCGACGAGGCGUUUGUAGAGGCUAGAAUUGGCGACAAUGUCACAAAGUACACUUUACCCUCUUGGUUCAGGGGGUCUGUCUCGAAAAUGAAAGUGUCUUCAGAGUUCAUUGUCGUGCUGGCCGUGCAUGGCCACCUCUAUGUGCUCAAAUACGAGCGGGAGCACGAGCACGACAGCAGCUCUGGGCGGCUUCUUCCUGCUAAUCUGGAUGGAUCUCUCAAGUCUGUGUUUACUCAUUGUACGCAGCCUAUUGUCCUAGAGGAUCUGCUUCUGGAGGUGUCGAGCAGCGAGAUUUUGUUGAAGACGGCGACCUUUGACUCGGCGGCAGUCUUUGAUGUCAUGGGGACUUGGUUGGUGUACUCGCCAACAAAAUCAGAAAUCGACUAUUUCAAGCGUUUACAGAUCUCGAAAGAUAGCGCUGCAAAUGGCCGCAGCGACAAGAAGGCCGUUGCAAAGUCGAUGUAUACGCCCGUCAAGCUCCCGCUCGGAAACCCGCUUCUCGUCAGCAUGAUGUCAAGUCUUUCCAACAAUGCGUUCGAUAAGUUGUUCAAACUUUCUCAAUUUGGAACAAAAAAGUUUCGCAGUUACAUGUCUUCUUCCGAAAACAUAAUCGACAAAGAUGUGUCUCUCCACUCAAUCAGCAAUUCCAUUGGCAAGGCGUUGUAUUCUACAGCCACCAAAUUGAAGAAGCAAGCCCUUUCAUCCAGUUCCAAUGAGUUUGUCAAGGUAAUAGACCUUAGAAAUGGCCAAGUAAUGGCAACUUUUAAGCCACCGGGAGGUAUAUCACAUCUUUCGCUAAGCCCCUACGAUCUUCAUUUGAUACAGGUAUCUUAUAGAGGAGACAACUUCUACAUGUGGGACCUCUAUAAGCUUCCAAAGGAAGUGAGUUUGGUUGAAAAGUUCACCCGUGGUAAAACCAGUGCCAAGAUCAAGGAUGUUGUAUGGUUUGUCAACGAUAAAAACACCGAGACUUUGUCGGGAACAAAUUCUGGGUUCGGAUGUAUUACCAAAGAAUCGGGCUCGUUGCACUGGUUUAAUAUCAACUACCUUUUCUGCGGAAAUGAGACCAGCAACUACCCUAAUGUCAUCAAUACGGGACUCGCCCAGAAAUCGCCAGCCAGUGGUCAAUUUUUGGAUUCAUGGAUUCUCCCCUCCAACAAAGCCUUGAAGUUCUUGAAGCUUCCUCCCGCAUCAAACAUGUCAAAGUCAAACACCGGAGCCGAUACAAACACCAGAAGUGCGCUCACGCAACUUUCGUUUCUAGACUCAGAUGGCAGCCUUCGCCUUCUUUCACCAUUGAAUGGAAAGCACACCUUCAAGUACGUGCUUCCCAAAGCACCUCAUAAUUUUACUGAGAGCACUGAGUCCAACAAUGUCAGCAAUGGAAACUCGCAUCAUGGCCCUGCUAAUAAAGGUAUCCCAAUAUUCCCCAGAAGUUCUGAAACCUGCAAGGGCCGUAAAUUUGACGUUCCUCUUUCGCAGACCGAGAUCGAGACCGCUGCGCCAUACAUGAGUCUAAUCAAGAACCGAAAGGUUGAGAUUUUACGAUACGACCUCGGCGACGAAAACGGCGACGCCUUUUUCCAACUCUUCGCCAGUUUUGGAAACGAGAUCCCCACCGUCCAGCAGCGGUUCGCCAAGGACAGCGGCAGCAGCACUCCCUUGCAUGCCUCUGGAGAAAUGUCGAUCGAUGGAGGUCUCGAGCUCAACCUUGACGACCAGUACGAGGGCGACCCUUAG